AUGGCCACUGAAGCGACAUGGGUAAUGUGUGGCUACAUUUUGUACAGAAAAUUUUCAAUACUGUCCUUAUUUCAUUGUUAUAAUUGCUGUUUUGCACCGGCCGGGAAGGCACGCGCGACCAUGUUGCGUACUUAA